CCGGUGCCAAUCUCGAAAGGCCAAUUGUACCCCAAUGGCUUCUACCUCGACAGCACCGUGACGCUCCCCAACUUUCAUCAGUAUUCUUAGUCUUGGUUUUUGUACCCAGUCAGCCCAGUCAGACAUUGUCUCUCCAUGAACCAGACGGACAGACACAGAGCCCGAGUGUAGUCAUGGAUAUGAUAGACCCUUCGAGUGCGGCAACUGUCAAUCCUCCUUAUGAUGUGCCCUCCCUUUCAACUACUACAACCAUAACGGUCAACGAUGCUGCACUGGUCAACUCCAACGUCAUAAACGGGCCGGGUGCACUUCCAUCAGAGCUCUACCAUCCGGCUACUUCAUCUUCUCUGAAACGCCGAAACACCGAUGGGGGCUGCCCAAGGGGAAGGAGACGAGGACAUGCAUUCCCAUCCCUCGAAAUCUUCUCGGAGUAUCAUGGUUUUGGCGACAUUGCCCCAGUCGGGUAUUCAUCUUGGGAAGAAGGCGAUACCCAAGAGCAUAUGCAUGGGGACACCAUGCCCUUCGACCCGGAAGGCUAUUACUCGCCCCCAUACUCCAAAUCCGAGCUAUUAGAGCUGUGUGCCAACAACCCACGGGCCGAUAGAGAAGAUUGUGAAGAAACGGAUGCUUCGUUCUUUAGCAGAGCCAUGAUCUUUGACUCACUCACGGGUGGCGAUCCGAUGGCCUACACGGGCAAACAAGACAUCUUCACAUAUAACAAUGUCUCUUCUUGUGAUAACGUGCUGACCAAGGAGUGCGAGGUUAUGUUCGCUGACAACAAAUCAACGACUGCUGACGAGUACUCGGUCGCAUCGUCAGAUGAAGACGCUAUGGUGAAGCUGGCUGACUCCUUGCCGAGCCUUCUCGCACAGAUUCCGCCAUCCAGUGUCAUCAAAGCUGUCGAGGGAAGCUCUACGCCUGAAAUAUUUGAUCCAAGUCUACAGAGGUCAACGCCACAUAGCAAUCCCAAGAGCUCUUCGGUGCCCGAGAAAGACAAUCAGCCUGCAGAGUCCGAAAACUUACUUGACGAAGACAUUGACUGGGAUGAGGUAUUUCAACACCUCCCCGCUGCUCCCAAGGAUGUCAAUACGUCUCAAAUUCUGGAAUUUCAAAAUAACACUAGCCAACCGCUUGAGAAUACGAUCGAAUGGAUGCAGUCUCGCUCAAUCAGCCCAGCGAAGUACCAACCAUUCACUAGGCCAGCCUUCCCCUGCCCCUUGCGAAACAAAUCCCCCGUCGAGGGAUUAUCAAACACCAACGUCCUGAGAACAUGCUUCCGCCUGGGAUCCAUCUUCAAAGAAGUAGCUCAAUGUUUUCGACAAGACCAAGAGGUGACUUUCGAGCUUUUUGCCAGGGUAUCAUACUCCUCAAGAGAGAAUGGUUCGCGAGUUCAGCAUUUUCAGUUCGUUGACUUGUACGAGGAUCAACCACCCCACUUAUCCGGCGUUUUGACUGGGUGGAAGAAUGACACCAUACUUGAGAAGGACAGUGUCUUGUUCCUCGGUGAGACUAAGAACAAGAUGUGCCGUUGCAUGUGUCGACCGAGGAAGGCAAAGAAGCCUGAGAUUGGUUGGGACCUUGAGGUGUUGCGCAUCAGAUUGACCGACUGGGAGGAGAUCGAGAGUGUCAGGAGCGUUGUAUGCUACGAAUGACCGACAUGGAUAUCUCGGCAACUACGGAAGAUUGUUGAAGAUUUCAGGAUCAACUCACGGCGUUGUCAAGUCACUAUUGUAUCUUUGUUGUGAAAGAUCGAU